AAUAGCAAGCCUUGCCUCCUUGUCUUUGGAGCUCACAGACUGAGGGAGUUGGCGAUGUCAGUCUAGCGACGUUCGUAAAAAAGGUGAAUCAGAAGCAUGUGUGGGGCCAGGCCGGCCGGUCCCUUGGUCCGACGUGUUCAUCACCUCCAAGUGAUUGCGACACCAGAACAUCAGGCUUGCACUGAAGUUAUACCUAUUGCAUAGUAUAUUCAGUGAGGUAGCCAAGACAGCUGUGCAUCGUACAGCAUGGGUCGUUUUAGUAUCAUAUCUGAGACUGCAUUCUCCCAACCGCGGGAUGUUGUCUUCGACUAUGCAUGUGACCCGAACAAUUCGGGGUCGUACAUACAAAGGAUCUGGAGGCAUGAACCACCAGGUGAAGGUACCAAUCGAACAUGGACAGACGUGGACGGAAGUAUGGCCCUUAAGUGUGUUCCCACGGUCAGAUCAGCAUUGACUGACACCUUCCAGAGAGUCGAGCUUCCAGAUAACACAUAUCUCUCGACAUGGAUGGCGAUCACUGUCGAGCGGCCGUGGCGGUUUGCUAUCCAGCAGCAGAACAACAUUGCCAUGAAAGAGGACGGGACAGGCGGCCUGCCCGGCAUCACUCACAUCACGUAUACUUUCGAGGAUGUAGGCGAAGGCGUGACGCUUUUCACGAGAAACCUGACGUGCGAGCUUCCGCGUGGUGUAAGCCUUCCGGAUGACCUCUUGACCGUUUGCUGCCGGCCGCAGGGGAUCGAAAAGUAUCAUGAUGCGAUCAAGGCACAGUUGACCGAGAAUAAUCAGGCCUAGCUUUUGUUGUCACGCGUCUAUCACGUCUUACCAUACUGUCGUCGAAUCACACCCUGCCCCUGAUACGCGUGCAGUUACUUCAGCGUAGAGUGCGAAUACGUUUCAAACUCUCUCCAGCGUUUACUCCGCCGGCUUCCGUCAAUGGUCCUCUCGUGCCCGAAUACGGAAAGCUUGUGUGGUGACGGAACAGCUAAGGUCGAAGUUCUGACGGUGCAUGGAAGUGAAGUU